GAAAGUUGUUUAAUGCAUCGUAAUUAUGAAAAUUCGACUGAAGGACCAAUGCGACAUUUAAAAGCUGUAAUGCCACAAAAGGACACUGUGUGAAAAUUAAUAAAAAAAUUGUUAUUUUUAAACUUUUUUCUAUAAAAUUGUACCUUAAGAAGAAAAGUUUGGAUAUUUAGAAGAUAGAAAAAUUGAAAAAUAUGGAAAUGGAAAAAGUGAAGGAAACAGAGAGUGUUACAGAUGGAAAUGAAUCAGAGGGUGAAGAAAGUAGUAGCACAGAAGAAAAGAAUGAAAACUCUUUGACAGACAUCGAUACUUUAGACAUUAAAUCUCGACUUUGUUUGGAAACAACUGAAACGUAUGGAGAAGCACAUACAAGUGGCAUAUCUAGAGUGAACGGUAUUUGUAAUUCUCCUGAGAGAAUUACCAGUACGGCUAAUUUUCCACAAUCUGAAACUAUGGAAACUAGUCAGUUAAAUGAACACGGUACAGCAGAAACAUUGGAUUCUUUGGAAACUCAAGAUUACAACAUCCAAUACGUUAGUUAUUCAAGCGAACUGCAAAUGCCUGAUAUUAUGAAAUUAAUACAAAAGGAUCUAAGUGAACCAUAUUCUAUUUAUACAUAUAGAUAUUUCAUUUAUAACUGGCCAAAAUUAUGCUUCCUGGCGAUGCAUGGCGUUGAGUGUGUCGGUGCUAUUGUCUGCAAACUGGAUGUCCACAGAAAGGUGAUAAGGCGUGGAUACAUUGCGAUGUUAGCUGUCGAUGUGAAAUAUCGAAAACGGAAGAUCGGAUCAAAUUUAGUAAGGAGAGCGAUAUUGGCUAUGAUGGAAGAUCGUGCGGACGAAGUAGUUUUGGAAACAGAAAUUACCAAUCGACCGGCGCUACGGUUGUACGAGAACCUUGGUUUUGUGCGCGAUAAACGAUUAUUUCGGUAUUAUUUGAACGGUGUGGAUGCUCUUCGGUUGAAACUAUGGCUUAGAUCAAAUUCACUUAUGUAUUCGCGUGAAUAAAGAGAUGAAAUGAAUUCUAACGAGGAAGAGAUAUAACGACGUAAAUGUUCAAUAAUGUCCAGAAACAUACAAUGUUAAGACGCCAAUGAGAUAACCUAUUGUACGCGCACAAAAUUUUUCACUCGAAGCAAGAAAAACAAUGUUGCAAAUUACAUUGCAUAACGGAUGUGAUUGAA